GUUAUAUUGAGCGAGAGAAGAGGAAGUUACACUGAGUGAGAGCAGGAUAUAGGAGGUUAUUAUACUGUGAGGGCCUGGUGGGCACUUGGUGUAUGUGAGGGGAGGUUAUCUUGAGUGAGAGUAAGUUAUAGGUUGUUCUAAUACUGAGCAGGUUAUAUUGUGGGAGAGCUAUAGCGGUUGUUAUACUGUGAGAGCCUGGAAUGGACUGACAGCACGGUGACAGGACUAAGAGAGACACCGAUAUCAUGAAGCAAAGUCCGGACUAUCCAAACCUGGCCAGACUGGCCGUCAUCCAGCACCUCCGCUCCUAUGGCAUCAAAAUCAAACACUGGAACUGCAAGCAACGGCCUGACACAGGGAAAGGACAGCCCAGUGGUAAAGUGUUUGGAACAGCACUCCAUGCAUUGCCACAGAUACAUGUUCAGGAUUAUGGAACCAUUCCCAAUUUCCUUGUUGAUGUUUGUAAUUACCUUGAACUUCAUGCACAUACGGAGGGUCUUUUCAGAAAAUCUGGAUCGGUUAUGCGACAGAAACUGUUAAAGGCUAAACUUGAUAGUGGUGGUAACGGUUUGUCUGAUGCUCCUCCUUGUGAUGUUGCUGGCAUCCUCAAGCAGUUCUUUAGAGAAUUACCAGAGCCAAUACUUCCUGCAGAACUUCAGGACAGUUUGUUUAAAGCCCAGAAUUUAGCUAACAAUGAGGAUCGGGUUUCUGCAACACUUCUCAUCUCGUGUCUCAUACCUGAACGGUUUAUCCAUAUCCUGCGUUACAUUUUUUACUUUCUGCAUACUGUGUCAAAGAGAUCUGAUGCAAACAAAAUGGAUAGCAGUAACUUGGCAGUAGUAUUUGCUCCUAACCUCCUGCAAUCAAAUGAUGACAAUGAAAAGAUCUCAUCCAGCACAGAAAAGAAACUCCGUGUGCAAACUGAAGUAGUGCGAACUUUGAUAGAUCACGCAACAAAUAUCGGGUGUGUACCUCAUUUUCUGCUUGAAAAGAUCCCAGGAAUGCUUGGUGUUGAUGGAGGUACAGAUACACCUGGGCGAGAAGCGUCUGAGGGUUGUGAAGACCCUCUUCAGGAGAAGAAGAGGAGGAGAAGGAGCGUUGGAGAUUAUGUUAGUGGAGCAUUGAAUAAGCUUAUAACUAACAGAACACCUUCCUCUACACCUCAAUCAGAGAGGCCGGCUUUGGGAUCCAUGGUGACUCCAUUAAUUCUUACUCCAAGUGUCAAAAGGAAACUCCCCACAGAUUCUGCACAGGGAUUUUCAACAAAGAAAAGAAAAUCCAUAAAAAAUAGCUUGGGAUUUGAGUUGUUGCCGAACAGUCUCUUUGGAAGCGGAUCUACACCUGCCUCAGCGUGCUUUGAAAGUCCACACACUUCUUUUGAGGCCUCACACAACUCAUUGUCGCCAUUGGUCACUACUGGCAAACACCUCUCCAAUUCAUCUAUGCUAAGGCGAAGCAAGAGGUGUGAAAACCGUAAAGUACAAAGGGUGGAUUCAGGGAAAACUGGUUGCUUUUCCCCCAAAAUAAGCCGGAAAGAAAUGGUACGCAGAUCACUUCGACUUAGAUUCAGUUUGGGGAAAAGUUCCAAAGAUGUGAGCACGAGUGGGACAUCUUCUAACUUGAAAUCUCAAAAUAUUGGUUGGAGACUUGCAAAUUCACAAGAGUUGACCCCAGUGACAUCAAGUCAUAGAGUGGAAACUCUUUCCUUCCCCAUCGAAAGUCCAUUUGUAAGUGCAGGUACAAAGUUAAUAAGCAAGUCUGAAGACAACCUACUAUCCCCACAUCCGUCUGAUGAGUCAAGUCAUCGCAAGUCUUGGACAGGGCCACAGCCCUUCAAGUUAGAUGGCAUUUGUGAUGAGGGCACACCUGUUACUGCACAACUUUGGGCUACACAUUGCUACUCUGAGCCUGUCCUUGUCUCUGGAAAACCUCCAGCUAUGCCAAAGCUUCCUAGAUCCCUCAAUGAAGUGUACAGGCAAGACCAAAAUAAAAACAAUGAUUCACUGUGUGAGGAAGAGGUGAACUUGGCAGACAACACUGCCAUGAGGAUCUCAAAGGCCUUUACUCAAUCUGGAACUGAUCUUCAUAGGGUAAUGACAGGUGACAGUCUUGCACUAGGUAACGUUUCAGACCUGGAAAGUGAAGUUGAUUUUCAAAAUAAAAGUUUAGAAAGUGGAAAAAGUGCCAGUGUGUUUGACAGUGAAAGUGUAUCCGAAGAGGGUAUAACUCAAGGAGAAGUUAAAGAUGAAUUGAGGACAGAUGCAGUAACAAGUCCAGCUGGAUGCUGUGAAAACGGUUUAAUUAAAGAACCUCUUGCUAUUUCAAUAACAGAACCACACAAUACAGCUGUGGAUACAAGCUUCACAGAACUGAGCCAAUGCCAACAAUCGUGCAUCAAGGAAGUUGUUCUCUUAAACAGUCCUGAACUGUUUAGUAAAACCAUUUCUUCCACUGCUCAAGUCAAUGCUGUUCAAAUGCAGGUAGAUCGGGCUUUUGUUUCUCAUCAAAAGGAUCCAUUUCCUCCUUCAGAUGUUGAGACUUCCGUAAACACCACUCAAGACUGUCAUCUAGCAACUUCAAAAUGUAAAUCAAACAGGGUGUCUGAUCAAAUACAACUAUUCAAUAGCCUCUGCCUCAGUGACAGCAGCUCUGUGCAGAAACUCAAGUCCCCCAUCAAAUUCCAACGUACCCCUGUGCGCCAAUCUGUCCGGAGAAUAAACUCGUUGUCGGAGGUGGUGAAACCAGUAAUUGUUAGCAGCAGAAAGCAAAGUACAGCUAGCUUACCUAUGAUGAAAUCGGUUAGUUCUGAUAGUUCUCUCUCUUCAGAACUUCCCUACAUACAUUCAGAUGGCUCAUCACCCACUACGAAUUUUAAUGAAGCUUCUGUCCCCCACAAGACCCUAAAUCCUGCAACCCAUCUGGUAGCAAGUUCCAAGUUAUCUAAUCAAUCGCUCAAGCAUAUUGGACGCUCUUUGACAAAUACAACUAGUCCAUCAAAAUCAGUGUUUGAGGACCUAACAAAUCAGGACAUACCCAAAACUUCCUACAAGAGAUCUGACCUGUCUCUAAAAUUACCAGAUAAAUAUGCUGCGCGCAUUAUAUCAGGAAGAGAGCGCCAUCGUUACAAGGGCUCUCCAAAGAAUCCGAUUGGGAGAUUAAAUUUCCUGCCUUCCUCUAAACCUUUGGAUUUAUGAAAAGGCUUCUUCAACUGUAACUCACUGUUUUUAAUUUAAAGCAACCGCAUAAAAAAAAAAUACAAAUUCAGUUUACAUGCAUGGUAUAUGCAGACAAAUGUCUUAAAUCAUAAAAAAAAAAAGCUCUGCGUCUUUUUAUGUGCAGCUGUACGUCUAGAAGCACCUUGUAAAUGUUGGUACAAACUGUUCUUGGAUAGAUUUUGACUGAAAACUCAGGAACUAGUAAUAAAGCGGUUUAUAUCUCGCUUUGCCUUAUUUUUUAUUUUUUUAUUUUUUUUUGCUAUUAAUAAUUCAGGGCUUUUUAGACAAUGGAACAAACAUUGGUCAGAAAUUUCAGUGACUCUAGAGUACCCUGGAUGAUAAGCUAUUAAUGUGUUACCGAAACAUCUGCUGUUUUUGAGGAUCCUUGAAUAAACUUGAGCUUUACACUAGGGAUAUGAGACUUGUAUAAUAUUUUUUACACAUCUCUUUCUGUUUUCCAUUAACAAUUAUUUCAACUGGAAUUUUUUAGGGCUUUUUACUCUCCUCUAACCCUUUGUAAUAUCUGAUUUUCCCCAGAACAUUGAGUGCAUGUUGGCUACCAGCGCAUAGCAAAAGCAGGUAUUGCUGUAUUUUUCUUUAAAUCUAGCUUGUGUGAAACACCUGUAUAUGUUUUAAAAUAUGCCAUUGUCUCUGGUAUUUACCUUUCAGUUGUUCAGCUGUAGGUGUUUACAGUUUAGGUGCAGGAUUUGUCUGAUUUUUUUUUUUAACUUAAAAUUAUUUAAACAAUGCGGGUGCGAAGUGAAGAUUGAUUCUGGGUAAUUGGAGCAUGUAUUGUGUAAGUCAUAGAGUAUUUAUUUUGUGCAUGCAGUAUGUAUGUAACGCUUGUGUCCACUACAGAUACUUACAAUACAAUAAUCCCUCUGACCAAAGCAACCAUGAAUAAUUCAGCCUUCGAAAGUAACAGAUGGUUUAAGUAAAGUGGUUGUUGAUUUAUUGCUAUGACAUGGUAACUUAUUCAGUCAUUUAAAAAAAAAAAAAUAAUAAAAAAAAAAAAUUGUGGCUUAAGCAGGCACGCUGUGCACCUUAACCUCUUAAUCCGCCUGUAGUUGUUAUGGUGCAGGGCAUACCCUGUCACUGUGGCACAGGAAAGAUUCACACCUGCUUAAACAGUUUGACCUUUACCUGGGUCUCCAUGAAGCAUGCAGUAACUUUAGCAAUAUAAUUUUUGUGUAACUUUUCAAAUUAUUCAUUGUCUGAGCGUGUCAGCUGACAAUCAAUGAAUUAUGUGAAAAGCUGCAUAAAACGACUACUAAUGCAGAAUGGUUACUUCC